AUGAAGACGCUUCUUACAGAAGUAGUACCGAAGAUGUUGGAGAGGAGGAAUCCACCCGCGCCCCUGCGGCGGGUGGCGAUCGCCGUACUAGUGUUGGAGAUGAUGAUGAUGAUGAUGAUGAUGUCAGAGGACCUGCUGCGCCGCUCGGCCAUUCCCCGCAAACAGAACAAGAAGACACACCUCCUUUUUCUGCGGAUGCUCGACCGGAGGACGUGUCGCCUUCUGAAGAGGGUGAUGCUUUUUCCAGCGAUUUGUCAUCGUCCCGUGCCGAUGAAGAUGAUGCCGAUGCGCCACUGCCAUUGCAGGACUCCUCGGUUAGUCUACCAAGGGGUCGCUCAGGUUCCUCCACUGCUGACGGUGGUCAUUUUACAACUGAAACAAGCGACGAUGGAGAUUAUGGUGCUGGAGAUGAUGUUGGUGGAACUGGAAGACCUGCACGGGCCCAACAGCGCGGAGAAGAAAGGAAGACAAAACAAGAAGGGACCCCGAGCAGUCGCCUGCCUGAACAAGACAGUGUGGAAUUGGAUACUAGCGAUGCGGACCAUGAUGCUUCGGCGGAUCACGCUGAUAGCCGUGGCAUCUUUAACGAAGGCGCC